UGUGCGUCUGGCAUCCGCCCGUCGCAGGAUGGCGGCUCUGAGGAGUUGGGUGUCGCGGAGCGUAGCCUCCCUGUUCAGAUACAGACAGUGUGUUCCCGUCGCGGCUAACUUCAGGAAGCGCUGUUUCUCAGAAUUGAUAAGACCAUGGCACAAAACUGUGGCAGUUGGAUUUGGUGUAACCCUGUGUGCAGUUCCUAUUGCACAGAAAUCGGAGCCUCAUUCUCUUAGUAACGAUGCAUUAAUGAGGAGGGCUGUGUCUUUGGUAACAGACAGCACCUCUACCUUUCUCUCUCAGACCACGUAUGCAUUGAUUGAAGCAAUCACUGAAUAUACUAAGGCUGUUUAUACCUUAAUUUCUCUGUACCGACAAUAUACAAGUUUACUUGGGAAAAUGAAUUCACAGGAGGAAGAUGAAGUAUGGCAGGUGAUCAUAGGAGCCAGAGUUGAGAUGACUUCAAAACAACAAGAAUACUUGAAGCUGGAAACCACAUGGAUGACUGCAGUUGGUCUCUCAGAGAUGGCAGCAGAAGCUGCAUACCAAACUGGAGCAGAUCAGGCCUCUAUAACUGCCAGGAACCAUAUUCAGCUGGUGAAAUCGCAGGUGCAGGAGGUGCGCCAGCUCUCCCAGAAAGCAGAAACCAAGUUGGCAGAAGCACAGACAGAAGAACUUCGUCAGAAAACACAGGGGGAAGGGGACGAGAGGGCUGAGACAGAGGAGGAGGCCUACCUGCGUGAGGAUUGAGGGCCUGAGCUGCGGCCCACUCAGCCUGGAAAGCAAGGGUGGAUGCCGUCCGGCCCAGGAUCGGCACAGCUUUCUGUGUGUGGAGAGGCGGCAGCAGGUCCUGCCCUGGUCCAACAGGCCUGAGGCCUUUGUGAGCUGUGAGUGCCUGACCUCUUCCCCCGUGGCCUCAGGCUUCUACUAGACCUGGUUCUUAGCCUGCGGGCACUGCACCCUGUUUAACAUUUCACCCCACUCAGCACAGCUGCCCUCUCACCCACCAAUCUUUACCUCCCAGAAGAGCAUCUCAGCAACCUGGCCAGAGAGAGGGGUCCUUUUUUUGUCAUGCCCACAAGUUCAGUAGCUGUUUAACGUGUUUCUGACCUUAUUCACAUUUUCAAAUAUGAUUUAGUAUUUGCUCCCUC